CGUCCUGUGCGACAUCUCCCCCUCCUCUCCUGUACUUAACACCGGGCAGCUAGCAGCUCAGUGGCCCAGCGUUGACACGACGACACCGGGGAAGCAGCCUUCGCACUGAAUUAACCACGAUUACCACCUGAAGCAGACGACCAUACGUCCAUAAACCAUGACUAGCUACCACAAACCCGAUGAAAAGACUCUGCAAGGACUGAAGGACGUCGCUAACAAGCUCAGGAUCAACUCCAUCAAGGCAACAUGCGCCUCUAACUCAGGUCAUCCCACGUCAUGUUGCAGUGCAGCGGAGCUCAUGUCCGUGCUCUUUUUCCACGCCAUGCGCUACAAAACGGAUGAUCCUCGCAAUCAGUGUAACGACCGCUUUGUUCUCUCAAAGUGUGAAGCCUUUGGGUGGAACACGUAUGUUGUGGAUGGACAUGAUGUGGAGGAGCUGUGCAAAGCUUUCUGGCAGGCUCAGCAGGUCAAAGGCAAACCGACCUGCAUUGUUGCCAAGACAUUCAAGGGCAGAGGCCUCAAAGGUAUUGAGGAUUUGGAGAACUGGCAUGGAAAGCCGAUCCCCAAGGACAGGGUGGAUGAAAUCCUGAAAGAUCUGCAGUCACAGAUCCAGGUGCCCAACAAAACGCUCUGCCCUGAUCUGCCCAAUGACGAUACAGCGCCAGCUGACCUUAGCCCCAUCUCACUGCCUUCACCUCCAGAAUACAAGAAGGGAGACAAGGUACCUUCAGAGUUGCUUGGUAUAUGUUUCAUCCGUACAAGCAGACCAGCCACUGCAGUCAUCUACUCCCCAGAUGAGAAGUUUGAAGUGGGCGUAGCCAAGGUGGUUCGCCAGUCUGAUGAUGACCAGGUGACCGUCAUUGGAGCUGGCGUUACUCUGCACGAGGCCCUUGCUGCUGCUGAUACGCUGGCUGCUAAAGGAAAGAACAUCCGUGUGAUUGACCCGUUCACCAUCAAGCCCCUGGAUGCUGCUACCAUUCUGGCCAGUGCCCGAGCAACAAGGGGACAGAUCAUCACUGUGGAGGACCACUACAAGGAGGGUGGUCUUGGUGAGGCGGUGCUGUCAGCAGUGGGAGGUGAGCCUGGUAUUGUUGUGACGCGUCUGGCAGUGACCGGUGUUCCCCGCAGCGGAAAGCCUCAAGAGCUUCUGGACAUCUUUGGCAUCAGUGCUAAGUAUAUUGCUGAAGCUGUGACUCAGACCUUCGCAAACUAAGAACUGCACUUCAUUCUUCAUUUUCCCUUCUUGGUUUUUUUUCUCUAAAUCACAACAAACUUGCAGCUACAGGCACAACCAUGGAAAACCCAACUUUCAGUUCCCACUUGAGCUGUGUUAACCCUGUAUUAAUAUCAGAGACGAGUGCAGUGCGGUCAUAGCCUGUAGUGCUGAUGCUCCUCCCCUAUGUGCACCUUUUAGUAUCCCUCCCUCCAGAUGGGUUCUGCUGUUUGCUGUUAUACAUGUUUUCAGAGUCUUGUAAGGUGCACAGUUAACAGCAUCACUGAAUACUGUAAAGUGUUACGCUGAUAGAUGAAAAGCUCGUCAUACAGCAACGUGUCCUCGUGAUGGAUGGGCUUCAACAUCUGUGGCUCCAACCAUCAGUACUUUCACAUUCCUGGCAGCAUUCCUAUUGUCCUCACUGUCAGCUGGUAGUCAAACCUGUUUUCUAUAAGAAGCGCUGUUACUGCUCGUCAUAAUUUACUAGAUUACUUUUGUAAUUGUGUUCAGUAACUGCCUUCAGUGCUUGGCUAUUCCGUUUUUAAACAUCCCACUAAUGUUUCCGGACCACACGGGUGUCGCUCAACAUUUCCAGCGCUUAAGGUCACAGAUGCUGUCACUGCUGUAGUGUUGAAUUAAAAAUAAUUCUCCCAAA